CACUCACAGACACAGACAAAUGCACAUACACACAAGCACACUCACAGACAAACACACAAAGAUGCACACAGAUGCAUAAACACACGCACACACAGGCAUACAUAGGCACUCAUUGACACACACACACUCACAGACACACAAACACACACACAUUUCUUUCCAUCUGUCUCAUUCUCCUUUUCUACACAAUGUCACAAUUUUAGACAAUGUUGCGUAUGUUUUCCAACAUUUUGGAAUAGUUACCAGCAGGAUCCAGAACAGAGAGCAACGUCUAGCCUGAAGAUUCAGUAAUAUGUUUGUAAUAUUCUACGCCAAGAGAGCUGUGUGUCUUGAUUCCAGCGAGGGACAGUGCUGCUGUUCAGAAAGCACAGUUGUAACGUUGGUGAGCGGGUCUCUCUCAGCUGAGGAGGACGCCAGUUCCAUCACGGCGCUAGUUGGAAGGGACAGUAGUGUUAUUCUGGUGUGAGGGAGGAAUCACGAGGAUGUGAUGGAGAUUUUAUUUCCUGCUGAAAUAUCACGUCGAGACAUACGAUUUCGGUUUAAUCUUUGUUUUUUUUCUUACAAAUGAGCACUCUUUGUUGUCAUUUUUCUCCUCCUUUUCUGUAGACUUUCUCUCAGCUGUUUUUCCUUUUUCUCUCUCCCUCUCUUUUUCUUUUUUUUUUUUAACUCCCUCCCACUCCCUCCCUGUAACCUCCUCCUCUCCAUCUCCAUCCAAGUGGCGCUCGGAGCAGCUUACUCAUGUCCAGUCACUUCCCACCAUGCCUCGCCUCUUCACUCACUUCCUGCUGCUCUCCUGACAUAAUCUUCAUUUCUCUUUGUUUGCGGCUACAGGACGAGAAUGAGCUCCCUGUCUGUUUAGCGACCUGUUGAAGAUGGUUCAAGGAAGGUCCUGUGUGAUUACUCCUCUGCCUGUGGUUAUGGUUGCACCCAGCGAGCAGUCAGGAAUGUCCUCCAUCUCCUGCCUAUGACAUGGUUUAACCCACGAAUGAUCCGGUCACCAUGAUGGCCUCUAUGGUUGCCAAUGGAAACCGAGACGAGCAGUCUCUGGUCCUGAAAGGGGUGGACCCGGAGACCUGCAUGAUUGUGUUCAAGAACCACUGGGCUCAGGUGGUGAAGAUCCUAGAAAAGCAUGAUCCCCUUCGCAGCAGCUCCACCCUGCCCUCCCUUGGUGUCAUCAACCUUAACGCCGGCUCUGGCAGCGGCUCUCGUUUCGGUUCCAUCUCCGUAGACGAGGCGAACGCGGUGCAGAACUAUGUGGAGCACAUGCUCUUCCUGCUGAUGGAGGAGGAGAGCGGGCAGGCUGGAGCCAUGGGCCCCAUCCUGGAGUUUGUGGUGAUGGAGAACGUGAUGGAGCGGCUGUUCGUGUGGAGCCUCCGCAGGGAGUUCACAGACGACAUGAAGCUGGAGCAGCUGAAGAUGUACGAGAUGCUGGUGGGCCAGGCGCAGCAGCCUCUGCUGCAUCAUAAGCCCAUCCUGCGGCCGCUCAUGAUGCUGCUGUCCUCCUGUUCGGGCACGGCGGCGCCUGCGGUGGAAGCUGAGCUGGUGCUGCUGCUCAACCAGCUGUGCUGCGUUCUGGCGAAGGACCCUUCAAUUCUGGAGCUGUUCUUCCACACCAGCGAGGAUCAGGGAGCCACCAACUUCCUCAUCUUCUCCCUGCUCAUCCCCUUCAUCCACAGGGAGGGAACAGUGGGCCAGCAGGCCAGAGAUGCCUUGCUGCUCAUUAUGUCGUUGUCAGCUGAGAACGAACGAGUGGCCAAACACAUCGCAGAGAACACCUACUUCUGCCCGGUUCUGGCCACAGGUUUGAGCGGCCUGUACUCGUCUCUGCCCACUAAGCUGGAGGUUCACAGCGAAGACUGGCACUGCCUGCACAGAGAGGACUGGCUCCGGAUGCCGUCGCUCGUUCAGUUUCUUAACUCGCUGGAAUUCUGCAACGCCGUUAUUCAGGUGGCCCAUGCUGAUAUCAGAGACCAGCUGGUUAGUUACAUCUAUAACGGUUUCCUCGUGCCUGUCCUCGCACCAGCACUCCACAAGCUCACCCUGGAAGAGGUGAUGACGACCACAGCGUACCUCGACCUCUUCCUGAGGAGCGUCUCUGAGCCGGCGCUGCUGCAGACCUUCCUCUCCUUCAUCCUGCUGCACCGACACGAGAGCGUCCACAUCCUGGAUACUCUGGUCAGCCGCAUCAACACGCCGUUCCAGCUGGGCACCGUGUCUCUGGCGCUUUUCCGCACUCUCAUCGGCUUAUACUGUGAAGAUGUGAUGCUGCAGCUCGUACUGAGGUACCUGAUCCCCUGCAACCACAUGAUGCUGAGUCAGAGGCGUGUAGUGAAGGAGAGAGACUGCUACUCGGUGUCGGCAGCCAAGAUCCUGGCGUUGACGCCGUCCUGCUGCUCUCCUGAUCGCAGCCCUCCGCCCCUCAGACAGCUCGAAUCCAUCCUCUUUUCCAAGGGCGGAGAUACUCCCAGCAAUGGCAGCAGCACAGAGGAAAUGCAGAGCCUGUCAGAAGUGGAUGAUGGCUCGGGGAACUCCUGCACCAUCGGGUCAGAAAUCUGCUUCGAUGUCAGUUAUCUCCAUUACCUCUACGACGCCCGUCUGAACAUCAGCGGCUGCAUUCGUGCCUGCCAGGUUUGGUCAGCGCCGUACGACGGAGAGGAGCCGCCUCCUGAGAAGUACCAGCCGGGCGUCCUCGAGGAGCCGCUGCUGAAGAGACCCCAGAUGGCCCCCAAGAGAGUCCCAAAGCAGCUGGUGCAGCACUCUCGACCCGCCCUGCUGCCGAGUACAGAGCCGCCCUCCAUCACCCAGCUGGAGCUGGAGUGGGAUGAUAGUUACGAUGCGUGUCCGGUGCAGACCGCCGAGGCUCCGGUAGAGACGAAACCUGUAGAACUGCCUCCUGCUGAGCCCCCAAAGCACAUCCAGGAGAUGAGGAGAACGGCCAUCAUGUUGGUGAAAGGCUCGUACAUUGAGGAAAAUGAGUUCCAGGAUGACGUCAUGGUGUACGAUCUUGUUGCAAAGAAAGACACCAGAGACGUGGACCGGGCAAAGCGCAGCGGUUCACGAUCAGAAGAGACCUCAGCAGAAGUUCCCCUGAAGAAUGGGCUCAGUCUUACUCUUCCAACCUCUGUGAUGGCUGAUAAUGGCAAGAAUAACCUGGACACAAAGGCCAAAGGUCAGACAGAUUGUAACGCCAACCUCCAGAACACGACUGCUGUGGAGCUGGGCGACGAUCUUCUGGCUCAGUACGAGGAGCUCAUUCGUACGUUAGACACUGAGGCAGGAGGAAAACAGGUCAAAGCUGAUGGAGAGGUGAAGAAGCCUGCUGCACCUGUGAAGGAGGAGGAUGAAGAGGAGAUGGAUUUCACCUCCUUCUCUGCAGAAACACCAGAGCCAGAGAAAGUGCACUCACCAUUUGGGACGAUUAAUAGGUUUCGCAGCGGAAGUACAAACAGGAGCCAGACAGUGCCUUUCACAGGUCCAUUCGUCAGUGUGCUGCUGUCCCGUCUGGAGAAUAUGCUCUCUAACUCGCUUCAUGUCAACCUGUUGCUGACCGACAUCUUGGCCCAGUUGGCUGCUUAUCCUCAGCCGCUGCUGCGUUCAUUCCUCCUCAACACCAACCUGGUUUUCCAGCCAACUGUUCGCUCCCUCUACCAGGUACUAGCCAUUGUGAAGAACCAGAUUGAAGAGCAGGCUGCCAGCAGAAAGGACUUUCCAGAGCUGAUCACUGCUGCCCAACACUGGCUACUAGCAAGGGAGACGACAUUCAUGGCAGCAGAGAAAAACAGCAGCAGAGGCUCCAACCACCACGACGGGGGAAGGAUCCUCCAGAGUUCACCGCCACCCAAACCCAAAGCCAUCUCUCUGGAUCGCACCGAGGUCUUCGCUGCCGUCCUCUUCACGGAGUUCCUCAAAGAACUGGCUGCAACUGCACAGGAGCACUCCAUCUUAUCUUACAUUCCUAUGGAAGAGUAGUUGAGUCCAACCGAACUCUGAAAGAUUCUAAAACACUCUUUUGAUCGAUACUUGUCCUUUUCAGGCACUACUUGAUGAAGCAACCUCUCAGAACUAUUUUAAAAAUAUAGAUUAUUUAUUUUCCAAGCAAAAUCAUCCGUUUUUAAAGAAAAUUUCUUCAUCUACUUCUAUAAAAAGUUGGGCAGCCAAGGAGGAGGUCCAUUAUAUCUCGACCUGGUUGCUGAAGCCUGUACCAGCGACUGUCUUCAUAAAGGCGAGCUCCAGGUCCACCAACCAAAGACUGCAGAGCAAUGAUUUAAAGGAAAAACAAUAAACUGACAUUUUUAUCAAUCAUCAGCCCUCAACUGAACUUUCAGGGUUCUGCCCUUGUUCUGAAUGUGUUCUCCAACCAGCUCCAACCACAGCAAGAUGUCUGCUAAUCUGCGUGGUUCUGUAAAAUACUCAGGUGGCCUUUCGAGAGUGUUGAAUCGCUGCCAUGCGAUCACAUUGAUUAUUGAUUUAUUAUCACCCUGUAGCCGACCGGCAGCAUCCCAGAAACACAUCCAAACUUCCACUUUCUUCUUAUGCAACUGUUACACGAUUUAAUCUUUUGGCAGAACAGAUUAGUUAUCUUCAAACUUCACAAAGUGGCGUUUCUAAAAAAAAAAUCCUUGUUUGUUAGAUGUAGAUUGUUUUGGUGUUUGUUUUUUCUUCUGUUGAUUCAUGAUGGUACCUCAGGUUCUGUUUUUCUUAAUUCUUAAAUCAUCUUUUGGGUGAAGCAAUUUUCCUACAGUGCACUAGUUUCUCACAUUUUUGGGCUCUACACCUUUUCCAUAUCUGCACAGAUCGACAAUCCAGAGCACCAAACCCAGGUUUAUUAACGCUAUGCUUAAUUUGCCUUACUUUAGCGAUGCUUUAUAAUGUAUAUAUUGUACGAAAAAAUGUUCUGUUGACAUAGAAUGCUGCAGAUUAAGGAUGUUUGGGGUGUAAUUAAGUUUAGGAUAUUUUCAUAAUGGGAUGGGGUAUUUAAGCUUUUUUGUGUUUCUUUUGAUAUUUUCUGUCAGAAAAGGUUAUAUUUCAGGCUUUUUGAUGAUAGUCUGCCUUCUAUUUAGGGUUUUGUUUAGGUUGUGAUCCGUCUGAAAUCUCACUGUUGGGAUAGUUUUGCAUCAAAUUCAGACAAGCAGUUAGCAGGGGCAAUUUGUUCUGUUGUAAAUCACCCUCGUUUUAGUCCGAGUAUUGCACAUGGUUGUUAGUAUGAAUGUCCAAAUGUGACAAUACGAGAGAGAAGCAUGAAUCAACUAAAUGAGUUUACCAGAAAAACUUAGAAAUUGGUGCCUUAGUUAUGAUUUUAGUUCACAGUAUUGCCUGAUUUCUAAAGGAUUUAAACAGCAAUAAUACAACAUAUUACAAUUCAGGCAGAAAUGUAAAGGGUUUUUUUGGCAGUUUUUAUGACUAGAAGCCGUCCAUUGUUCAAGCGCAAAGAGAAGUCUGUGCUGUCGUUAAAUUCAGCUUCCAAAAGCACGAAAUCAAUCACUUCCUGCUCAUAGCUCGAUGAAAAGAAGCAGUUCAUUCAAAAUUUAACAUGGAAAUUGACGUGGGAUUUAGAAUUGAACAUUUCCUAAGAUAAUCUGAAUCAGAACUUUAAUCAAUGCUGAGUUUCAAAGAGAAUUAAAGUCAAGUGAUUUCUCAGCCUCUAUUUUUUUUAAGCUAUGGAAAGAUUCAGAUUCUGAGAUGAUGGACUCCUUCAAGUAAAUAAUAAAACAACACAGUUGUGUAUUAGCAGAGAAACUGUUCAGAAAAGCAGCUGAAGACAGCUCUUUAUCUUGUAACCUCGCGGACUACACUGAGUAGAUGUUUUCAUCUCAUAAGUCUAGAAAAGAAGAUUGAUUUUAGAUUGAAAUAUGAAAUGUAUAUUUUUGUUCUAAUUCCUACUCAAUGCUACACAGACAAUGAAUCAUGCGUCAGGAUCUUUGUGUGCUAACUGUACAAAAAUGGCUCAUCUUUGUAUCAAUCAAAGCCAUCCUCAGACUAGUCGAAUGUGUCUGUCUGGUUCAAGAAUGUGUCGGAGCACUUUAUCAGCCUUUUCAAACCACAGUGCCACGUAGUCUGUGUUAACACAGCGUAACAUUCACGGGUUUUAACAGCACUGUGGCAUUAAUACAGUUAAAACAACCAAGACUGUAAACCGCUUUCUGUCUCUAUAGGUUUCUAUUCCAAAGACCCAUCCCUUCUGACUAGUCUGUUUUCUGUUUGACUUUGAAUUGGUUGCUGUUUGUCGUUCAUGUCUGAGAUACAAAGGCAUGCCUCUUUUAAUAAAGAAAUAUUCUGGGAAAUGAAA